GCAUAUGGGCUGCAGAGCCGACCCGAGGUCAGCGCCGUCCGAGACUCCGUUACCGACAUUGUUGAUGAGUGGGUCGCAUACGGAUGGCAAAUCUCGCCGACCGUCCCAGACACUGAAAGAAUGCAAUCAACGGGGCCGCCUUUGCUGUACUCUCCAGGCUCAUGCCGGGAGCUUGUGGUCCCAGGAGUUGGGGCCUCACAACCGCAGCUUCGGGCUGAGUGGAGAGGCGAAGGCUCUGCUCCAGGUGAGCAACCGCGAGGCGGAAGAGCAUGCCGAGCAAAGCGCCGGCCUUGCAAAG